AUGAAUCCACCCAAAACACCCCCUCGAACAAACUUACACCCCAAAUUCCUCACACCGACCCCCUUCAAACCAAAAAGAUCAACCUCCUCCCCUCCUAUAACCCCAGAACCCCACAGAGACAACCUCAGCGACAUCCUCAGCGACAGCGACAUCAGCAUCCUCGACCUCGGCCCAAGCCUCUCCGCCCGCAAUAACUCUUGCUACCAAACAUCCAACACGGUCAAGACCCUCGCCCGAGACACCAAACAAUCCUCCUCUCUCGCCACACCGAUUACCCAUGGCCAUCUACAGAACGGCCCAACCACGGCGCAAGACCUCCACACUCGACCUACUCCCACAUCUCCGUCAAUGAAAGAUACAACACAGGGAGAAGACAUCACACCCAAGAGACUCAAGAUGAGGGCCGGGUCUGUGAGGGGUGCUUUGAGGACUUUUUCGUCGCCGCUUUUAUCGCCUUUGAGGGGUGGUGCUGGGAAGGUUGGGAGGCCCGGGGUUAAUCGGGCAAAGACCUCAUUUAGGGGUGUCGGGGGCGUUUUGGAGCAUUGA